CCUACUUGUUGCUAAGAGACAGUAUGUGGGAGGCUGUCAGAAACGAUGAAGGGAGGGGAUGAUGAAUGAUAUUUAGCUAGCUGUAAUGUUCGUGAAUAGACUGUAAUAGCUAGCUAGCUAUAUAACUUAAAUACAUCUACUUUACUACAUUCUGAACAAAACAUCACAGCUAAGCAAUUCGUGAGACAGCUGAGUGCGUUGUAUUCGUGAGUCGUUGAUUUAUCAUAAUAAAUGGUUUUGGAGCUGGCAGUGCCCGCAAAUGCAGGCCCAUUGCUUCACCGCUCCAUCCAGCACAUUGAGCGUAUUUUCCGGGUGAGGGUCAGCUACGGAUCCGCUGAGUCAAACUGCGACAGCGCAAAUGUCAGCACCAGCAAUAUAAUCAUAGUUCGUGUCGGAGAGGGCGAGGAAGAUGACUGCACCAAGGCAAAAGAUUACAUAGUGUCCUUAAUUUCGCCAGCUCACCGAAAGAGGGAGCGUCUAACGUUGGCUUUACACAUACAGCUGGCUGCGCUGAAGUCAGCCAUCGAGUAUGAUUCUCAGGCUGUGGUGGAGGUGAGGGAGCAUGUGGUGGACAUCUCCGGUGGCGAGAGGAACGUGAUGACUGCAUGGUCGAUGGUGGAGAAGAUCAAAAUGGAGAAACACCCAUGCAGGGAAGAGGCCCCUGAGCUGACUGAGGCCCAGCAGCCCAGUGGGGAGUCUGAGGAGGGAAGCAGCUCAGAGAGCGAGUCAGAGGAGCAGCAUCAGCUGCAGCUGAACAGUGGCGGCUGUAAGAGGAAAGAGUCCUUCAGUGCCACCAAGCCUCACCGGCAGCUCUGUCGCUCUCCAUGCCUGGACCGGCCCAGCUUCUCCCAGAGCUGCACUCUACCAGAGCUCCGCAUUGAAGACACCAAGGCCACUGCAGUGCUUAAACAUGCCAGUGACAAGGAGUACCAAACCAAGAUGGAGUUUGCCUUGAAGCUGGGAUACUCAGGUGAACAGGUGGAGACCGUGCUGAACAAGUUAGGGGCUGGUGCCCUUAUCAAUGACAUUCUGGCUGAGCUUGUAAGGCUUGGUAAUAAAGGAGAACCGGAGGUUCAAGCCAGCAGUAACACCGGCACGUUCGUCUCCCGUGGAGGCCCCUGUGUCAAAGAGGCUGUCAGUCCAGAGGUGUCACUUGAAGAUGAUUCUGUGGAUCCUUAUGAUAAUCUCAGGCCUAUCGUCAUUGAUGGAUCGAAUGUGGCGAUGAGCCAUGGAAACAAAGAGGUGUUCUCUUGCCUUGGUAUCCAAUUGGCUGUUGAUUGGUUUGUGGAGAAAGGACACAAAGACAUCACAGUGUUUGUUCCUGCCUGGAGGAAAGAGCAGUCGAGACCUGACGCCCCCAUUACAGACCAAGACAUUUUGCGGAAGCUAGAGAAAGAAAAGAUCCUAGUGUUCACCCCAUCUAGAAGAGUCCAAGGAAGGAGAGUGGUGUGCUAUGAUGAUCGCUUCAUAGUGAAGCUGGCCUGUGACUCUGAUGGCAUUAUUGUGUCAAAUGACAACUACAGGGACUUACAGAAUGAGAAGCCAGAGUGGAAGAAGUUCAUAGAGGAGCGACUGCUGAUGUACUCAUUUGUCAAUGAUAAAUUCAUGCCACCUGAUGAUCCUUUAGGAAGACAUGGUCCAAGUUUAGAGAAUUUCCUCCGCAAGCGUCCUGUUGUUCCAGAGCACAAAAAGCAACCCUGUCCAUAUGGGAAAAAAUGCACUUAUGGACAUAAGUGCAAGUACUAUCACCCAGAGCGUGCAAACCAGCCUCAGCGGUCAGUGGCUGAUGAACUGAGAGCGUUUGCCAAGUUGUCUGCUGUAAAGACAAUGAGCGAGGGGGCCCUGGCCAAGUGUGGCACUGGACCCACCACAGCUAAGGGGGACAGUGGCUCUGAGGCUAAACGUGUGGCCCCCAAGCGCCAGUCUGAUCCCAGCAUCCGCUCAGUGGCCUGCGAGCCAGAGGAGAGACUGUCUGCUGUCCGUAAGCCUGAGGCAAAUUCUGUGCCUUCCCUCGUGUCUGCCCUCAGUGUGCCCACCAUGCAGCCUGCUAAGAGCCACGGGGCUGGUGCCUUGAACACUCGAUCAGCCAGCAGCCCAGUACCCGGCUCCCUCCAGUUCACCCACAGCUCCCUGGAACACAUGUCUAGUGUACAGUACCCACACCCACCCAUCCUAGUCACCAACAGCCAUGGUGCUUCUGUCACUUACAGUGAACAGUUUCCUAAAUAUGAUUCUGUGAGCACAGACCAUGGAUACUACUCUAUGCUUAGUGAUUUUUCUAACAUGAGCAUGAGCAGCAUGCACAACGUGGACAGCUUCUGUAGCAUGGAGCAUGAGCAUGGGAUUUAUCAGCGAAAUCCCAGCCAGCAUUGCCCUGAGCCCUGCCUCAGCCACUCGAACAGUGACUCCUUCUCCUCUUAUGGGGAAUUAUACAUGAGCUCAGUGGACAGUAGCCUGGAUGAGAGCAUAAAGGGGCAGCAGUCUCCUGCACAGAGCAGACUCCAGGCCUUCUCCCAUGGGGGGUUCCACCACGAGGCCCUGACCCGAGUGCAGAGCUAUGGCCCUGAGCAGCCUAAGCAGGGUCCAAGCAGGAAGCAGUCCAUAUCCCACCUGGCACCGCAUGUCCAGCACCCUGCUGUUGGGGCCAGGUCCAGCUGCCCAGGGGACUACCCCUUACCUCAGAAUGUCCUCCCGUCACAGUCCUCACAACCGGGACGCUCCCUGGGCAUGACACGCAUGGACAGCAUCUCAGACUCCAGGCUGUACGAGAGUAACCCCAUGAGGCAGCGGAGACCCCCACUGUGCCGCGAGCAGCAUGCCAGCUGGGAUCCGCUGCCCUGCGGCAGUGAAUCCUAUGGAUACCACUCGUACCCCCUGAGUAACAGCCCGAUGCAGCCGUGUUGUGAGCGGGUGAUGGUCCGCAGCAUGCCUGACAAGAUGGAGCAGAUCUGGAGGUCUCCGUGGGAGAACCCGCCUCAAGCCGAGCACCAGGAGCGCCAUGUCAUCCCAGAGCACCAGUACCAAACAUACCGCAACCUCUGCAACAUCUUCCCUGCUUUCGUGGUGCACUCUGUCAUGGAGAAAAACCCUCAUCUAACGGACCCACAACAACUCGCUGCUGUCAUUGUCACGAAGCUGAGGUCUUGCCAUUAAGUGUUUUUAUUUUAUUUUUUAAGCUACAAUUGUCUGAAUAGUAUUAGUAUUCUAUAUUUGAAGUUAUUUGAUUGUCAUCAAAACAAUUUCUCCUCAUGAAAUUCAGAAACCCAAAAUCAUUAUAAUCAAAUGUAAGGGAAACUUUGAUUGAUGGUAAGAUUAUGUAUUUGAAUUUAAACGUAGUCCUCUAUCAUUUGAUACAGUGAGGAAUUAGUUCACUAUACCUAGAUAAUAUUGUGCAUAUCUGACACUGAUGUAAAUACUAUGUGACUUUGUUGUUUAUUGUGCAAUGAUUUGUGGUAAAAGACAGAGGGAAGUGAGUGCAACCAUACCUCAGAGCAUGAACUUUUUAAUGGCCUUAUAUCUGAAUGACCUCACUUCUCCAGUCAUUGUUUAAUGGAUUUCAAUGAAUAUCCUUAUGUUGUUGAGGUCAGUCUCUUUUGCUUUUUAAAUGUUAAGCACUGUAAGUAUUUAGAAUUAUAUAUAUAUAUUUUCUCAAUCUCACUUUACAAAGCUACUAUUUUGGUAGAACUUGUGAGUGCACGUAUAUAAGCAAGCCAAACUAGAACUGGGAAAGAUCAGACUUAAAACACCUGUGCUCAUAUGACACAUGAAAGCCAUUUCAAAGCUGCUGAAAUAAUGCCAAAAAGAUAGAUAAUUGACCUUGUCAUUAUAAAGCAAUUAUAGUUUUGAAGCAGACAAUUGAUUGGAUAAUAGUGUAACAUCACACCAGUGUUGUAAGCCUUUCCUAUGGUAUAUUGUAUGGCUUGCUGUGUUGAUUAGUUACAUUAAUGUAACUGUGUUACAUGAACAUUAUUGGAAUCAUUUUGAGCAUGUGUAUAUAUCAUUGGGAACUGGCAUGUGACUUAAUGGCACUUCCAUUGUGUCUAACAUGACUUAUUUGUAAUUACUAAGGAACUGGUGAAGUCUCUUUGGCAAAAUGCUUUAAAGAAAAGCAUCCAUUUCCUUAUUAAUGCUGAGUGACAACCCAUAUAAAUUAACACAUGUAAAGAAAACAAAAAAAAACAUUUCUGAAUGUUAUUUGCCCAAAAGAAUUUUGGGGCUUUGUUGACUUUUGUUUUUUCAUGAACUAAGAGCAGGCCAUGUUGGGCCUGUUGUCUCUUCAUGAGAAGGUGUGACACACUGCCUAAAUGUUUCUUCCUGUGAAACACUCAGAAUGCGAGGCUGCCGUCAGGGUUGUUUCUGGCAUUUGGCUUACAGUUUGCGUGCCUACCUUUCCCCUCACUACUUUCCAUCGUGUUUGAAAGGUUUCACAUGAUGUGAAAUAUGUUGGUUAUAAUAUCAUUUCUAAA